UUUCUUGUUAACUAAAGUGUUUCUUUUUUUGCGCCUGUUCCCACCAAAAAAAUAAGGUGUGGUCUAUUGCUGAUUCAAAGCGACAAGGAUAUCUUGGUUUCACUGAAUUUAUCAUUGCUAUGCAGGUACAAAUAUGUUAUGCUUUUUUUUUUUUUUUUUUCAUUUGCUUUGCUUCUCAUAAUAAUAGCCACAUAGCCUUGUAGCCAUACCCAUCAAAAUCACAUCACAAAAGUUUCUCUCUUUUUUCACACCCACCUUCCAAACUCCCUUCUUCUUUUUUCUUGUUCUUGUAUCUCAAGCUUUGUUUCUUCUGUCUUUUUUUUGUUUUGUAUCUCGAUGGUUUUGGUGUCAUGGGAGUAGUUGUUUCAGUGCACACAACUGGGUGGUCGUGUGAGUGAUCAAGGGAGAGAGACACAAAGAAGUGAGAGAGAGAGAGAAAAAAAAAAUGGAGUAUGGAAGUGGGUCUCCUGGUGAUCACCAUCAUCACCAUGAUGGUUCUUCUGACUCCCAAAGAAGGAAGAAACGUUACCACCGUCACACAGCUAACCAGAUUCAGAGGCUUGAAUCGAUGUUCAAGGAGUGUCCACAUCCAGAUGAGAAGCAGAGACUGCAAUUGAGUAGGGAGUUAGGCUUGGCGCCUAGACAGAUCAAAUUUUGGUUCCAGAACAGGAGGACCCAGAUGAAGGCUCAGCAUGAGAGAGCGGAUAAUUGUGCACUCCGAGCAGAGAAUGACAAGAUUCGUUGUGAGAACAUAGCCAUAAGGGAGGCCUUGAAAAAUGUUAUCUGCCCCUCUUGUGGUGGUCCUCCUAUCAAUGAGGAUUGUUACUUUGAUGAGCAAAAGUUGAGAUUGGAGAAUGCUCAACUCAAAGAGGAGCUUGAUAGAGUAUCCAGCAUUGCCGCUAAGUACAUUGGAAGGCCAAUUUCUCAACUCCCACCUGUGCAGCCUAUUCAUAUAUCUUCACUUGACUUGUCAAUGGGGAAUUUUGGGAGCCAAGGGUUCGGGGGCCCUUCUCUUGAUCUUGAUCUUCUUCCUGGGAGUUCUUCAUCAGCUAUGCCAAAUGUGCCUCCUUACCAACCUGCUUGUCUUUCAGACAUGGAUAAGUCUCUCAUGUCCGACAUCGCCUCAAAUGCCAUGGAAGAAAUGAUCAGGCUAUUGCAAACAAAUGAGCCCUUGUGGAUGAAAGCUGCUGAUGGGAGGGAUGUCCUUGAUCUUGAUAACUACGAAAGAAUGUUUCCCAAGGCUAAUAGUCACUUGAAGAACCCCAAUGUUCAUGUCGAAGCUUCUAGAGAUUCUGGAGUUGUGAUUAUGAAUAGCUUAACUUUGGUUGACAUGUUUAUGGAUCCGAACAAGUGGAUGGAGCUAUUUCCUACUAUUGUCACAAUGGCAAGGACAAUUGAAGUUAUAUCUUCUGGAAUGAUGGGUGGUCACAGUGGUUCUUUGCAAUUGAUGUAUGAAGAGUUGCAAGUGCUUUCUCCACUUGUUUCUACUAGAGAGUUCUAUUUCCUGCGUUACUGUCAGCAAAUUGAGCAAGGCUUAUGGGCAAUAGUAGAUGUUUCAUAUGAUUUUCCUCAAGAUAACCAAUUUGCUCCUCAGUUUCGAUCUCAUCGACUUCCUUCCGGUGUCUUCAUCCAAGACAUGCCUAAUGGAUAUUCCAAGGUUACUUGGAUUGAGCAUGUAGAGGUUGAAGAUAAAACUCCAGUUCAUAGGCUCUACAGGAAUCUUAUUUAUAGUGGCAUUGCAUUUGGAGCACAAAGAUGGCUAACUACACUUCAGAGGAUGUGUGAGAGGAUUGCUUGUCUAAUGGUGACAGGCAAUUCGACCCGCGAUCUUGGAGGAGUGAUUCCCUCUCCUGAGGGCAAGAGGAGCAUGAUGAAACUUGCACAAAGGAUGGUCACCAAUUUUUGCGCAAGCAUUAGUGCAUCAUCUGGCCACAGAUGGACCACACUCUCUGGAAUGAACGAGAUUGGAGUCAGAGUCACUGUGCACAAGAGCACAGACCCUGGCCAACCUAAUGGUGUGGUGCUGAGUGCAGCCACCACCAUUUGGCUCCCCAUUCCUCCACAAACAGUGUUCAAUUUCUUCAAGGAUGAAAAGAAAAGACCUCAGUGGGAUGUUCUUUCCAAUGGUAAUGCCAUGCAAGAGGUUGCUCAUAUAGCAAAUGGUCCACACCCUGGUAACUGCAUAUCUGUGCUUCGAGCUUUCAACACAAGUCAAAACAAUAUGCUGUUCCUCCAGGAGAGUUGUGUGGACUCCUCAGGAUCUCUAGUGGUGUAUUGUCCAGUUGAUCUUCCAGCCAUCAACAUAGCAAUGAGUGGUGAAGACCCUUCAUACAUCCCCCUCCUUCCCUCAGGCUUCACCAUUUCCCCUGAUGGGCAAGGUGAGCAAGAUGGAGCAGGAGCCUCAACCAGCACAAGCACCAGCAGGGCCAUGGGGGGCUCUGGGGGCUCACUCAUCACUGUUGCAUUCCAAAUCCUGGUGAGUAGCCUGCCAUCUGCCAAGCUCAAUAUGGAGUCAGUGGCGACGGUUAAUAGCCUCAUCGGCAACACUGUCCAACAAAUAAAGUCUGCCUUGAAUUGUCCUGGUUCCUGAUGAUGAUGAUGAAACCACCUUAUGUGUGCGUGUGUAGUAGUGCUAUACCUUUCCUUUCCCUUCCUUAAAUAUGCUUAUCAGAAAAUGGCUCAGACCUGAGGCUCUUUGUGCUGGUGCCAUAAUCAAUGUGUGGGAGGAGAAGUGUUUUGGGUUAGUUGGGACUUCAAUGCCCUCUCAUCAAGACCACAAGGCUCAUUAUUUACUGCUCCAGCUGAUGGUAGAGCUGUAUUUUGCUUCAAGGGAUCAACUUUCAUUACCUUUCACACCAACUACCAAUUUUUAUUAUUUUAUUUUAUUUUGGUCUCAAGGAUAAGUUAAGUAAGCUGCAUCUUUCUUUAAAAAAAACUAUGAUUUUGCUAUUUGGCUAGCUUGCUUUGCAACAAGAGGUAGUAGUCAUCGUAGUAACGACAAUAGUAAUAGUAAUAGUAAUAGCAGCAGUAGUAGUUAUUGUCUUCGACAAGGGAGUCAAGAACGCACCAUAUAUGCACUUGGGGGGUGUUUUUCUUCUCUACAUUCCCAGAUUAGCUAGCACUCCAUGAAAAAUGUGUAUGGUUCGGGCAUUGACUUCCUGUGAAGGGACUUGAUUAUUAUUAUUAUUAUUCAUGACUUAUUGUUGUUCA